AUGCAUUUUUCUCAGUUCAUCGUUAUUGCCGCCACAGUCUUCACCCAAGGCAGCCUUGCAGUUGGGGUCAAGACCUACAGUGGUCGUGACUGCACAGGCGGAGAAGUCGCUGUCACAGUCGAUGGUGGUCAAGCCUGCAGUGCUGGAAUGAAACCCUUCCAGUCUUACAGGGAGAAUGGAUUCGGCAAGAAAAACGGACAGAGAAUUGCAUUCUAUGCUGAAUCCAGUUGCAACCAAAACUCGUUCAUAUACGACACCUACUCUUAUGAUGGAGAUUACUUCCAUUCCAAGGUGUGCUACAACAUCGAUGGCCAUUCGCCUGUCAAGACUGCUCGAGGUAUCAAACUCUAUUAA